AUGCGGUCACGACAGUUUACUAUCCUCGGCGUCUUCGCCAUUCUCAUCAUCUGCUUCUACUCCUUCUCGCACAUCGAGCAGGCGCCAUAUCUCGGCCCACAUGCAAAUGGACAUCCCGCCACAGACCCAGCCGCAACGGCAACCCCGAACACGCCCGGCAACACACCCCCGACGCCGGAGAAGAGUCUGCCGCACCCGCCCGAAGUCGAAUCCGGUCACCAGGUGCCCGCCUCCGCGCCCGACGUCCAGCCUCCGGCGUCCAAGCCGAAGAAGGCAUCACAUACCUCGCACCCCAUGUGGUCACUGAUCAGCGGAGCCGAGAGCGACCUGGAGAAGAUGAAAGCACGGCAGUCCAAGACGCUCCAAGAGGCUGUGGCGGAGUACCGCAAGCGCUACGGCAUUGCACCGCCACCACACUUUGACAAGUGGUUUGCGUUUGCCAAGGACAACAACGUGCAGCUGGUCGACGAGUUCGACACGAUCAACGAGCUGCUGACGCCCUUUUGGGGCCUCAAGCCUGCGACGAUCCGCGCGCGGGCCAAGGAGGCCCUUGGUUUCGGCAACGGCCUGCUGGGCCUAGCCAUUCGCGACGGCAACAUCUCGCACAUUGAGGGCGGCGGCGAAUGGCAGCGCGAUGCCACCAAGGGCAUGCUGCGGCAGUUUAUCCAGUAUCUGCCCAACAUGGACCUGUGCUUCAACGUGCACGACGAGCCGCGUGUCGUGGUGCCGCACGAGGACAUGGCGCGGCUGGUGGCGACGGCCAAGGGCAAGACCAUGGCCAGGGCGCGCGCCAACGCCGACAGCCCCGGCACGCUGCGCAACCAGUUCACGGCCAAGGUCAAGGGCCUCGGCAGCGGCAACCGCUUCGAGGAGGCGGCGCUGACACGCUUCAACGUGUUUGCGCACCAGCCGACAUGGACGCACUCGCGCAUGUCGUGCCCGCCCGACAGCCCCGCGCGGGCGCUGGAGGAGGGCGAGCAGCGCGACGACGUGGCGCAGUACAGCUUGAGCGAGCUGGGCUUUGUGUACAACAUGACGGCGCUGUCGGACAUUUGCUACACGCCGUCGCUGCGCGAGACGUUUGGGUUUUUUGAUAGGCCCAAUGCCUACAACAUCGUGCACGACCUGUUCCCCAUCUUCUCGCAGUCCAAGGUCUCCUCGUAUGCCGACAUCCUGUACCCGUCGCCGUGGUACUGGUACGGGAAGGUGACCUACGACGAGGCGCGCGACCGGCCGUGGGCCGACAAGAUCGACCAGCUGUACUGGCGGGGCUCCACGACGGGGGGGUUCAGCCGUGACGGCGGCUGGCGCCGGCAGCACCGCCAGCGCUUCGUGCAGAAGAUCAACGCCGUCGACCAGGCCAUGAUCCUCAAGAAUGCAGCGGCCGACCGCGAUGGCGGCGAGCAGGACUGGCAGGUCAAGGAGGUGGCGCGCGCCGACUUCAAGGACCUCUUCAAUGUGUACUUCUCGCACAUUGGCCAGUGCGACGAGGGCGACUGCGAGGCGCAAAAGCAGUUUUUCGAGAUCCAGGACCGUGCCGACCAGCAGGACGCCUGGCAGUACAAGUACCUGGUGGACCUGGACGGCAACGCCUUCUCGGGCCGUUUCUACGCGUUCCUGCAGAGCAAGAGCCUUGUGUACAAGCAGGCUAUUUUCCGCGAGUGGCACUACGAGUGGCUCAAGCCGUGGGCGCACUACAUCCCGCUGAGCCUGCGCGGUGACGACUGGCUGGAGACCGUGCGGUUCUUUGGCGACGGCGCGCUGGGCAAGAAGGAAGCGGAGCGGCUCGCGUUGCAGAGCCGCGACUGGGCCAACAAUGUCGUGCGCAAUGUCGACCUGGAGGCGUGGUUCUUCCGGUUGCUGUUAGAGUAUGGCCGUGUUAUUGACGAUGACCGCGAGUCCAUCGGCUUCACUCUCUAG